AUGAAGGACGAUAUUAAGAAUGAUAUUUUAAAACGUUACGAAAUACCAGAAAAUUUAAAAUUAGCGCAAGCUCCUAUACUCAAUCCCGAGAUUAAGGUGGCGUGGGCAGCCGUCGUCGGCGUCGCGGCCGCCGCCUCGCCAGAGUCGCCAGACGCCAGCGAGGACGAGCUACACGCGUGGCGGGCGCAGACCGCCGCCGCCGUCCCGCCGCGCGAGCGACCGCCGAGCGCCGCCGCCGCGGCCGCACACCCGGACCUCGCGCCGCUAGCAUCGGAUGCUGAUACACAACCUCAGUGUCGAACACAAGCUGCACAGGAGCCUUACCCUGGUUGCCGGAGUGUUGUCCGGGCGGCGUUCAUGAGGCAAGGCACUCCUGCAGAAGCGGCAGACAUCAUGCUAGCGUCACUUACAGAAACCACACUUAAGCAAUAUAAUUGUUAUUUAAAGAAAUGGUAUAUAUUUUGUAAGGAAAAAUGUUAUGAUAUUUUUGAUGUCGGCGUAGCAGAAGUAUUAGAUUAUUUCACAUUACUUUUUAAUCAAGGUUGUCAAUUUGGAUCAAUUAAUACUGCGAAAGCAGUUUUGUCAUUAAUAUUGAAUAAUAAUGUUAUAAAUAAUCCAACUGUGAAACGUUUUAUGACGGGAGUAUACAAACUGCGGUCUCCAAAUCCACGAUAUGAUUUUACUUGGGACCCUUCAAUCGUUCUUAAUCAUUUCAGUUUUAAACUGACGUAA